AUGGAUCACUCUAGAGAUCCCUGCCCCUGGGUUGCCCUGAGCGACUUCGGUGGUGCUUUCUGUAUGGGUGCAAUUGGUGGUGCAGUAUGGCACGGUGUCAAGGGUUUCAGAAACAGCCCCUACGGAGAGCGUCGGAUAGGAGCCCUCACAGCCAUCAAGGCUCGCGCGCCCGUCCUUGGUGGUAACUUCGGUGUGUGGGGUGGUAUGUUCUCGACAUUCGACUGUGCGAUCAAGGGAAUCCGGAAGAAGGAGGACCCUUACAAUGCUAUUAUCGCUGGUUUCUUCACUGGUGGUGCUUUGGCUGUCCGUGGUGGUGUUAAGGCUGCCAGAAACUCUGCCAUUAUGUGCGCUGUUUUCCUGGCUGUCAUUGAAGGUGUUGGUAUUGGUUUCCAGAGAAUGAUGGCAGACAACACAAAACUAGAGCUUCCUCCUGCUCCCCCAUCUGGCGACAAGGUCGCUGCAUAA